AUGGCGAGAGUUUAUACCGUACAUCCAAGUCAGAUUGAAUACUUCCACCUUAGAUUAUUACUACACCACGUUCAAUGUCCUACUUCCUUUGAUUUCUUGAAAACAUUGGACGGAGAUCUGCAUCCUACGUUUAAAUCAGCCUUUAAAGCACUGGGGCUUUUAGAGGAGGACAAUCAAUGGAAAUAUACUUUAGUCGAUGCAUCUUUUUCGCAAUCUUCUGAACAAAUUAGCGAUCUAUUCGCAAUUAUUUUAGGAUUCUGUUAUCCGUCUGAUCCAUGCAUUCUAUGGGAAACAUUUAAAAAAAGAUAUGUGCGAGGAUAUUCUCCAUAG